ACCUCACAUGAUGUCACGGCUGUUUGGGAGGUAAAAUUGCAGCCGUACAGCUGAGCAUUCAGAUCAACAGCUCAAUAGAGAGCCACACUUCUGCUGAGACAUGCAAAGCCCUCCCAAGCCUCAGUUCGCCAGCUGGCUCAUCCAGCAGGUGGGGACAGACCAGUAUGCAGGCCUGCGCUAUGUGGGUGAGAACAAGUUCAGAGUCCCCUGGAAGCACAACUCUAGGAAGGACUGCAACGAUGAGGACAGUAAAAUAUUCCGGGCUUGGGCAGUCGCCAGUGGGAAAAUCAACGAGUUCCCCAACGACAAGGCCAGGUGGAAAACCAACUUCCGGUGUGCUCUGAACAACCUCUCUGUGCGCUUCAAGAUGGUCAAAGAUAACUCCAAGAAUUCUGACGACCCUCAUAAAAUCUACGAGAUUAUCAACACUGAGUACAACUAUGCAAGCUUGCUGGCACAAGACUCCCAGGAGGAUUUGGACAUGUCUGUGGAUAUCCAAAGCUCUCCCAUACAGUGCUUUCCAUCAGGAAACGAGCUUAAUCUACUGAACAGUUUGGUGGCCUUGGAUCUUGGGAACCAUCCGCCAGAGGAGCAACCCUGGGCAGAGAACUAUGGCCAGCCGAAUCUACCUGUGGUUGAAAGCUAUCCUGUAGUGGCUGAGAACGUCCAACAGCAUAUACCAGAUCAGCCAUCUUACUACGAGGUAAACAUUCCAUCGGCUCUCAGUCCUCCUGUUCAGCCGACUAUUUACGACCUUGAGAUCUCCAUCCACUACAGGAAGAAAGAGAUGCUGAAGGUUACAUUGAACACUGCUCGUCUCCAGCUCCACUACCAUCAUGAAGCCCCUGAGUUCAACGCCUAUCAUCUCUGCUUUCCCUCCACCGAGGGUCUGCUGGACCAAAAGCAGAUUGAAUACACCAACCGCAUCCUGAACAACAUCCAGAAAGGUCUCCUCCUGGAGGUGCAGGACACUGGUAUCUAUGCCUACAGACAGGAUAGGUGUCAUGUGUUUGCCAGCACCAGUGACCCCAGUGUGGCUCACCCAGACCCCAGGAAGAUCACCCAGAACACCAUGGUGGAGCUCCUCAGCUUUCAGAAAUAUGUGAAUGAAUUGAAGCAGUUUAAAGAGAACAACGGCAGCUCUCCUGAAUACACCAUCAACAUGUGCUUUGGAGAGAAGUUCCCGGAUGGAAAAGCUCUAGAGAAGAAACUCAUCGUAGUGAAGGUGGUCCCUCUGAUAUGUCGAUACUUUCACGAGAUGGCCCAGAUGGAGGGCGCUUCAUCUCUCCACAGCGCCAACGUUAGCCUCCAGAUCUCGCACAACAGCCUCUUGGAUCUCAUUCACACCGUCUUCGGUGUACCAACAGCUGAAGAGCCAGCACAGGCAGUCACUCCUUUUCUUCCUACGAUCUGAAGGUUUCUCUCUCAUCCACCUCCAACAGGGUCUAAUUCUACUACAUACAGGACCACACCAUGCUACAGCUUACUUUUCAUUUGAUUGAAUACAAAUGAACGAAACUGCUAGCUUGUUUAAUGUGUCAUAGUCUUAACAUUGAAUUGGGCAUUUAAUCAUAAGCCAGUAUUUAUCAUCUGUCACCUCAUCUUGCUGCUUUGCAUUCCAGCCUCUUGACUUCAUGUUGUCAUUAUCAUAUCCGCACAAAACUGACCAUUUUAUCACUACAUCAGCAGAUAUGAACUCCUUAGCUAUAUUACUGUUACAUGACUUAAAAUGAAUCCCUAAAUGACUACUGUAAAUGUCAAAUCAGCUCUGAAUUUUAAGUGUUGUUUUAGACAUCUGAUUAGAUAUUUAUAAGCUUGUAAAAUGAAGAGAAAGAAUGAAAUGAUGUGUUUUCUAUGUGUCAUAACACCCAGUGUCUCUGGUGAACUGUGUUGCACUUCCCUACUUGUUUGAAACAAGUUUGCACUUCUUUUUUUGAUGCUGAAGAUCUAGCUGUUAAGAUGUUACAUGCAUUGUUUAUUGUUGAAUCAAGUCUCAGUUCUUUCACAUCUGUGAUGAAAUGUAUGACUUGUAAAUGCUGAGAGAUCUUUUAAUAAAUCCUUUUACAAAAGCUUGA